AUGGAUCAACAAAUGUAUGAACAUGUUAUUGAAGGUCUCAAAGAAAGUGUUAUACGCUUCUCUCGACAAAUAAACACGCUUGAAUAUGUGCGCCAAGAUGACAAAAUGCUAAAAAAUGAGCUUUACGAUGCUUUUAUGCAAUUUCAUGAAAAACGAUAUCCUCUAGCAAAAUGUCAAAUACAUGAAUAUCUACUAAGGGAGAUGAAUGCGCUGGCAAAAAUUGUAUAUUUUUAUUCGUAUAAUUCAUCAAAUAUAGUACUUAAGGCUAUUACGGAAGUCGUGAAGGAUGAGUUGUAUUUUGAGCUUCAUAACCCAUUUAGCAAAUUUUGGGGUCAAAUUGAUCUUGAAAUGGCAAUUAAGAUUUUCAACAAACACGGAAGCAUUCAUGGACCAAUCAUGAGAGAAGGUUUGACAAAUAAUAUUUCAAGUAUUUUUAUUUUAGAUUCACCAAUAAUAUUUAUGAGAGCACACACUGAUUCCUGUAGUACUAUUAAACCCAACACAGAGGCUCUUUUCCAUCUAUUGCACUUGUUUUAG